AUGGUGACAACGGGGUACGGCAUCGGCGCCGGCGCAGGGCAUCGGGGGCGUCGAUUGCCCCCGACCAGAUCCACGCAGGAGGGAGGGUUGAGGAGGCGGGCGCCGGUGUCGAGGAGUGGGGCGGCACGGUCGUCGGGGAGACGCGACAUGGUCGAGACGAGGCCGACGGGGCUGUGCCCCGAUCCAGUUCUGGAUCGGGGAGGGGGUGAGGACGGGGAGGUGAGCAACGGGGUCGAGGCGACGAUGGCGGGGUGGUGCUGGAGACGACGAGUGGCGUCAGGGAACGCCGACGGCGAGGGGGCCAUUGGCAGUGGCCGAGCCGGCCACGGCAAGGCAAGGCAAGGCACGCCCAACCGCUCCAGAGGAGCGCCAGCGGCCAACGCGCAGAGCGCUGGGGAGGGGGAGCAGGACGCGGCCCGGCGCCAGUGCGGGGAGCACGAGAGGGACGCCGGCGCGCGCGUGAGGGAGUGGGGGAAACGGCAGGCUGCGGAAGUCGCCGCAGCAACAGCGGGCGGAGGCGGGGCUCCGGCGGGCGGCACCAUGGGCGCGCGGAUGCGGGGCUGGGCGUGGGGCACGCAAGCAGGGAGCGGCGGAGCCGGGCAGCAGCAGUUGCUGGCCGCAGUGGUGCGUAGUCGGACGCGGCGCGCAGCGUCGGACGGUGAAUGGCGGGGCGACGCAAUGAGCGUGGUGAAGGAGCGACCGGCGUAG